ACAUACUGAGAUUUUCAGUUUGCAACUCUAUAGAAUAGAAAAAGACAGGAAAUCAUUGUGUGAGAGGAUGUCAGGCUAAAAUAGCAUCUGGCAGGUGUUCGAUUUCUUUUUGCAUGCUGGGUUCCUCUUAUUAGAAACAGAAAAAUGCAAAGUUGUGCAGCUUUGUUGGAGGAUCACUUAGAGUACAAGACUUUGUUCCUUUUAUGGUAAAAGGACAAUGCAGGAAAUCAUCUCAUUGUUUCACAGCAACAGCAUUUUUUCAUUUUUUGUUAAGUGUUGAAAGUGGAGAAAUACACAACCUUAACGAGGGUGAUGUAACUCCCCUUAACUUGGAAACAUCAAUGUGUUCUGCUCCUUACGUGUUUGACAACAAGGCAACUUUAUCUCAUCAUUGUGGACAGUGAGAGGAACUAAAGUAUGAAGUACUAAACAUUCCUUAAGUUACUAGCUGGUUCCAUUGAUACAUUACUGCAUUACUUGAUACAGUACUGCAUCCUUUCCUGUCUUUCUUUACUUCUUUCUUGUUGAAAAUAGCCGACCUGUGAUAAUAAUCCCCUUUAAAAAUGAAUCUUCGUCUACUGCUUGAAUUUCCUUGUACGUGGAAGCAAAGAGCUUCACGUUUACACACAGCGUGCAUGAAAGUGUCUCUGGAUUAAGGCUGAGCUAACGGGAUUAGAACGUUCCACCGGGCCGACACCUUUAAAUAGAUCAACCUGACGCUGCUGCUCAUCCAGAACCCUUCGACCGCUGGGCUUCCUCCCCUCCAGACCCCCGUAAUGGCUGAUGUUUUCAGGAGCCUGAACCUCCUUGAGACCCUCAAAGAGUCCAUAGACCACAAUAAGUUAUCAGACGUCAAGGAUGCAGUGGAGGAUCUUCUGAUCAGUAGGAUCAACCUAGCUGUGAUGGGGGACCACGGAGACGAGAAGGCCACCUUCAUCAACUCCCUCCAUGGCCUCAGCUCUGGGGACGACGGAGCAGCUCCGUCCCAGCCCCCUGUUUCCCCGGAGGAGGUGGCAGGCUACCCGAACCCCAAACACCCCGACUUUCGCCUGUGGGACCUUCCGCCUGUCCCACCCACCUCUCCUUUUGAGCCCGAGGGAUACAUGGAUAGGGUUAAGUUUGCCCGCUACAAUGCCGUCUUCAUCACCUUCAACCAGGCGCUCCCACCCCACAGCGUGCAGGUGUUUCUCGAGGCCCGCUCACAACACCGGCAAGCGGUGUACUUUGUCCUCCUGGCUUCGGCAAAAAGCACCGAAAAGCACCUGGAAGAAAAGAGAAGAGCCGGUUUAGAAGUGCUGACCUCGCAGGGCGUAGCCACGCCUAAAGUCUACCUGGUGCGACCCUCCGCCCUGGAGAAGUUUGACUUCCCCGGCCUGUUGGAGGACCUGGAAGGAGACCUUCCAGACAUUCGGGCCCACGCGCUUCUCCUGGCUCUCCCGGCACUCACCUCCACCCUGGUCGCUCGGAAAAAGGAGGCAUUCAACGCGCUGGUGUGGGCGGCGGCCUCGCUGUCCGGCGGGGUGUCGGCCAUCCCCGUUCCCUUCGUGGCCUCCAUGGUGGACUGCGGUGUGGCGGUGCGGAUUCUGAGCAAAGCACAGCUCUCCCUGUGCCUGGACGACGGGUCGGUCGAGCGACUGGCUCGCCAGCGAGGGGCGGAACCCUCCCGCCUCAAAGGGCUGCGGACCUGCGUUCUGUCGGCGGGGGUCACCAAAGGGGAGGUGAAAGCGCGGCUGGCGGCGGCAGAAAGGGACUCGGCCACGGUUUCGUCCAAGCUGGUGGAGAUGGCGAUGCCCAGGCACGCCCGCUCGGCCAGCCGCUCCUUCGCUGCCAUGCUGCAGGCGCUGAACGCCGCCAUCGAUGAGAUGGCGGCUGACGCCCAGAAGAUUGUAGCCGCUGCUCUCGGGGAGGGGAAGUGAAAUCAAAUGUUUUUUGUGUUUGCAAAAGGAUUCCUGAAUGUCUGGUUUUUUGCAACAUGAGAAAGACGCUAUUUACACCAUAAAGAGAAAUAACUGAUGUGUUUUCACUCUGUUUGAUGAGCUUGGAGCUCUAAAUGACGAUGU